CUAUGUACUCUGUAGAAGCACAGAGAUUUAUAGAGAGAAUAAUUGAAGUAUUUCUUCUUUCUACUGCUACUCCGUGCAUUCUCUUCUAUCCCUAUUAUAUCGUCUUUUGAUUGGUAUUCUGGGGCGACAUCGCUGACCGGCCUCGCUGCCGAAUUUUUCCGCUUUCAACUUCUCCGGCUGGAAGAUCUCUCGCUUUACACCUCCGGUUACAUUCUGUCUGUUGUAAGAGCAGUUCUUCAUUGUUAUAUACCUUCAUAAUGGCCCACCGUAUCGUCGGCCAGGUCCUCGUCACCGGCGCUCGAGUCUUCGGUCGAGCCUUCGGAGAGGCAUACAAACAAGCCCAAGCCUCCUCCAAAUAUGCCGCUGAAGCUUCCAAAGGCAACAUGGGUGCCGCAAACACCUUCGCAUCCGGUGGUUUGUCUCUCGAUGAGGCCUGCAGGAUUCUCAACACCAAGCCCCCACAAGGCGGCAAAGCAGAACUCGAUCAAGUCAUGGAACGGUUCAAGAAGCUGUUCGACAUGAACAACCCCGAGAAAGGAGGCAGUUUCUACAUUCAGAGCAAGAUCCUCCGCGCACGCGAACGGAUAGAGAUGGAGAUUCGACAGGCAGAACGACAGGCGGCACAUGAGAAGGAGCUGAAGGAUGGGUGGAAGCCUAAGGUGUACAAGGACCGGUGAUCUCUCGUCUACGUCUUUCGAACCGGUUCCCAACGAAAAAGCUUGAACGCAUGUCUGGCCCUGCGUCGUCUCCCGCCACGAGAUAAAUUCAGAAAAAAAAAAAAAAAAAA